AUGGAAGACAAAUCUAAUUCGUUCUCCAGCAACAAGGAGGAGAAGGCGGAUGGGAAUAAUGUUUUUCAGAGGCAAGACUCGAUACAGAAAAAUAACACGGGGAGCCAGAAUAUGAAGGACCAUGGCAACUCAGUGGGCUUCAAGGGGGAGCGGGAAGAGGCCAUGGUCGGUUUUGACGAUCUAGAGGGGGCGUCCAGGCAACAUGGUUUUAUGCAGAGGCAAUUUGGGGCCAUGAUGCAGCCCGGAGUCAAUAAGUUCUCCUUGCGUAUGUUCGGCAGUCAGAAAGCCGUGGAGAAAGAGCAAGAGAGGGUUCAAACGGCCGGAUACUGGAUUAUUCAUCCAUAUAGCGAUUUUAGGUUCUACUGGGACUUGAUAAUGCUCAUCAUGAUGAUGGGGAAUCUAAUCAUCAUUCCUGUGGGAAUAACGUUCUUCUCAGAGCAGACUACCACCACCUGGCUGGUCUUCAACGUGGCCUCGGACACCAUCUUCCUGGUGGACCUGGUCAUGAACUUCAGGACGGGGAUCGUCAACGAGGAGAGCUCCGAGAUCAUCCUCGAUCCCAAGGUCAUCAAGAUGAAUUACCUGAAGAGCUGGUUCGUUGUGGACUUCCUCUCCUCCAUUCCAGUGGAUUAUAUCUUUUUAAUAGUGGAGAAAGGCUUUGACUCAGAGGUAUAUAAAACAGCCCGCGCCCUGCGAAUCGUCCGCUUCACCAAGAUCCUCAGUCUCCUGCGUCUGUUAAGACUGUCCCGACUCAUCAGAUACAUACAUCAGUGGGAGGAGAUCUUCCAUAUGACCUAUGACCUGGCUAGUGCAGUGGUAAGAAUAUUUAAUUUGAUAGGGAUGAUGCUACUUCUGUGUCACUGGGAUGGCUGUCUCCAGUACCUGGUGCCUCUCCUCCAAGACUUCCCCCCUGACUGCUGGGUGUCCCUAAACGGUAUGGUUAACGUCUCCUGGGGUAAGCAGUACUCUUAUGCCCUCUUCAAAGCCAUGAGCCACAUGCUGUGCAUCGGGUAUGGUGCCCGGGCACCCGUCAGCAUGUCUGACCUGUGGAUCACCAUGCUGAGCAUGAUUGUAGGCGCCACGUGCUACGCCAUGUUUGUGGGCCAUGCUACAGCUCUAAUCCAAUCACUGGACUCCUCGCGCAGGCAAUACCAAGAGAAGUACAAGCAAGUGGAGCAAUACAUGUCCUUCCACAAGCUUCCAGCAGACAUGCGACAGAAAAUUCAUGACUACUACGAACAUCGCUACCAAGGCAAAAUCUUUGAUGAGGACAACAUCCUGAGUGAACUCAACGACCCGCUCAAAGAGGAAAUUGUCAACUUCAAUUGCCGUAAGCUUGUGGCCACCAUGCCUCUGUUUGCCAAUGCGGACCCCAACUUUGUGACGGGGAUGCUGAGCAAGUUGAAGUUUGAGGUCUUUCAACCCAACGACUACAUCAUCCGAGAAGGCACAGUUGGGAAGAAGAUGUACUUCAUUCAACAUGGUGUUGCAAGCGUCAUUACCAAGUUCAAUAAGGAGAUGAAGCUGACUGAUGGAUCAUAUUUUGGAGAGAUCUGUCUGCUCACCAAGGGCAGACGAACAGCAAGCGUGCGUGCAGACACCUACUGCCGACUCUUCUCUCUCUCUGUUGACCAUUUCAAUGAGGUGCUGGAAGAGUACCCCAUGAUGCGACGUGCUUUUGAAACUGUCGCCAUUGACCGAUUGGACCGCAUUGGGAAGAAGAACUCCUUGCUGCUGCAGAAGUUCCAGAAGGAUCUGAACGCCGGCGUUUUCAACACACAGGAGAACGAGAUAUUGAAGCAGAUUAUUCGUCAGGACAGGGAGAUGGUGAUGAUGGUGGACCGCAAACAGUCAGUCACCGGGAUGAACUCAACACCAAUGUCAGGAAACUCCAUCAUUAACUCACCAGCCCAGCCACCCUUCUCCACUGCCUUCGGCACCAAUCAGCUUCAGCAGUCCUCUGUACCCCUGACCUACAGCGCUUCAGCUAUUGCCAAUGCCUCUGCUGCCCGCAUGCUGCCAGCCGCUGCCGCUGCUGCUGCUGCAGCGCAGGGAGUUUACCCUGCUCCCAGUGUUUCCCAUGGCAACCUGCAUUCUUCCUCAAUCAACCCACAGACCCCACUCCAGCAGCAGGGAGCAAUCAUGUCGCCCUGCUCCUUCACGGCUGCCAUGUGUAGUCCGCCCGUGCAGACCCCUCUGGCCAGCCGGAGCUUCCAGUACGGCUCGCCCACAGCCUCCCAGCUGUCACUUAUCCAGCAGCCCAUUGCCCAACCAUCUCUAGCUGCACAGCAACAGCUUGCUCAGCAGCCUGCUGUGUCAACUGCAGCUGGAACCUCUGCCACACAGCAGCCGUCACCUCAGCAGCAGCAGGUCCCCUCACCUCAACGGGGAGACAUCCACAAGAGCACACAGGCUCUUCAGUCAGGCAGCUUGAGUCGAGAUGUCCGACACUUAUCGGCCUCCCAACCAUCACUGCCACAUGACACAUCUCUGGGGCCAAGAGCGCACCCAACCUCAGGAGACUCUCUGGCCUCCAUCGUGCCACCAACGGCGGCAGCGAUCCAGGGAAUGAGUCUGCAGAGCGGCAUCCGCACCACGGUGCCCCAGCGGGUCAAUUUAUUCCGGCAGAUGUCGUCAGGAGCUUUGCCCCCGGUUCGCUCAGCCACGGCAGCAGCGGCGGCGGCAGCAGCAGCAGCAGCAUCAUCAUCUUCAGCCCAGCACAGGGAAUCCCCCGGAUCUAGGAGAGAUUCUGUCCUGAGCAGUACAGAGACUGAGCAAGACAAAAUGCGUUUUGCAUCAAAUUUAUGA